AUGGAGAUCAAAGAUGCCACAAAUGGCGGGGGUCUUCUCAAGCUUUCCCCAGGGGAUGAACCGUCCUUCCAAGCCGCGCCUGCCAUCUUGGAGCCGAGCGACGUCUCCCGUCUGAUCCUGGACAUCAUCUUCGAGUACGCUCUCAACAAAUUCGACGACUCAAAGGACCGACUGGUGGCGGGCAAUGCCAAUUUCUUGUCAGUCAUUGACCACUUCGUCGUCUCCGGGACCCGCGUGGAAGCCUGUCUGCCAGCAUUCCCGUUCAAGUCGGCCAACAAGGUGUACAAAGUGCUCGGGACUCGGCCUGACAAAGCCGAAGAGUUGGCUCUGAAUCGGCUGAAUGCCAUGUGCGCCCGCAUCCAGGACGUGUACCCGCCUGGGGCCAAGGUCACCAUCAUCUCGGAUGGCACGACAUACAACGGUGUGUUCAAUGCUCAUCCAGUCGUCUCGCUCGCUAAUGUGGUGGUGCUCUGUUACUAUGUAGACUUGUUGUCGAUAUCGGAUCGCGAUACUUGGGCUUAUGGAGAGACGCUACGCAACAUGGCCAUUCAAAAGGGAUUUGACCACAUUGGCUUCUCCCGAAUGAAAGCCUUGCUCGAUUUUCCCUUGCCGGACAAUCUCCGAGAGAUCACUUACGUUGCCAAUUGUACCAAUUUUCGCCGAUGGCUCCUCAACAAAUACGGCAGUCCCGACCUCGACAUCGAUCACGAAAUUGCCACGAAUCCUGAUACACAGUUGACUUACCUGGGAUACCGAGGAUUCUUGGAAUCGGAUCUGAAGCAUAUCUUCGCUCUCGGGGAGAAUAGAUCCGGUCGUGGCUACAAGAGAGACGUGAAGUACAUGGCCAAGCAAAUGCUGAUCCGAGGACAUGCUUUCAUGAGAGCAGUCAAGCACGCUUUUCCAAAGCAUCUGCGGCUUUCCAUCCACGAGUCGAUGGGCGAGCACAAGCUGUCCAUGAGUUUGUUGAACACCAAGACCGGGUUUACCACGCCGUGGCAUUGUAGUGUCGCUUUACUAGCGGAUGGGGAGUGGAUCAGCGCUCCGAUGGGCGAUUUCAAGAAAGAUACCAGGCUGGAGCUGGUGUAUGAGGACGGCCGACCCAGCUAUUUCAAGGAGAAGCUGCGCGAGGACAAUACUCCCAGUGUCAGCGAGGCAUCUGCAAGCAACCUUCGAGCACCCAGACGACUCAGUGAGUGCCUCGGUGGACGCUUGACACCCGGUGCGCCUCCUUCAAGCCCCGAGUCAGGUGUGAAGGCCGGUUCAUGGGUGACUGGGGCCACUCCCAUCAAAUACGGUAGAAGACUCAUCCCUCAGAUCAUGGACAGCCUGGCUGCUGCCCAGCCAGAUCGCCAUGUCUUCUCUCUGGCGACAAGUCAGGGCAAUUCCCUCGUGUUUCGGCCCGUCUCUGCUCGUGCCUUUGCAAAGGCGGUUGACAAAACCGCUUGGUGGCUUCGCGACCAGGUUGGAAGCCCCAAAUCUAUCCAGCCGGUGGGCUAUAUUGGACCGCACGACCUUCGGCAUAUUCUAUUGACCUACGCAUGCGUCAAGGUUGGUUGCGCGGCCUUGUUCCUGUCGCCCAAGAACAACACGGAAGGCGCACUCGCGGUCCUGGAUGCAGUCAAAUGUAACAUCUGGGUCCAGCCUGGCAACGUGGCAACGGUUCCUCUGGUAAAAGCCAUGCUACAGCAGCGUCCUCUGAAAGUGCUCCAUCUCCCUGUACUCGAUGAGCUUCUCGAUGCAGAAGCUACCGAGCCUUUCCCCUACACCAAGACGUUUGAAGAAGCUAGCAAUGACCCAUUCUGUUUCCUGCAUACCUCGGGGACCACCGGAGUGCCCAAACCCAUCCCAUGGUCCCACGGUCUGAUAGGCACGAUGGAUGCGGUGCGGUUGCUCCCACCUACCGAAGCCGAUGGUGGGUUGGCCCCUUGGACGUCUGAUUGGGAGGAAGGUGAUAGGAUCUACUCAUCCUUCCCUAUGAGCCACGGUGCCGGAAUCAUCAUGGACGUCCUUAUGCCUGCUCUCUUCAACCUGCACUGCGUCUUGGGGCCUGCGGGCGUGUUGCCCAACAUCAACCUGGUGGAGUCUUUCGCCGACCAUGGGCAGAUCGACAUCUGGAGCAUGGUCCCGUCACUUGUAGAUGAGCUAGGCGAGACUCUGGAAGUCUUAGCAAAGCUCAAGUCGUCGAAAUUCAUAUGUGCGUCGGGCGGUCCCGUCAGCCCAGUCAGUGCUAGCAAGGUAAACGAGGUGAUCAGAGUCCUGAACCUGACCGGUACAACCGAGGGUUUGUUUAUCGGGAACCUGGUGGUACCUAGGGAAGACUGGUUCUGGUUCGCCUUUCACCCUUACUCCGGCUUCGAGUUCAAAGAGAUAGAGCCCGACACGUAUGAGCAUUGGGUGCAUCGCCACAACCACUGGGCCUUGUUCCAGGGUAUCUUCCACACGUUUCCAGACAAGCAGUCCAUCAACCUCAAAGACCUAUACGAGCGGCAUCCCACAAAUCCGAAUCUGUGGGCCUUUAAGGGACGAAGCGAUGAUCUCGUUGUCCUGUCAAACGGAUAUAAGGUCUCGCCCUUGGAGACUGAAGCCUUUGUCACCACCCACCCUGCAAUCAACGGGUGCCUCGUUAUUGGGACGGGAAAGCCCCAGGCUGCCCUCCUUAUCGAGCUGAAAGAUCCGUCCUCCAAGCCCGACGAGCUCCUCGAGAGCAUCUGGGCAACUGUUGAUGAAGCAAAUUCGCGGUCUCGACACAAGAACCAGCUGUUGCGGGACUUCGUGACUUUUGCAGAGCCUGACAAACCCUUUAUCCGGACAGACAAGGGCACGGUCAAGCGACCCGCCACCCUCGCACUAUACACCGAGCACAUUGAGCGUUUCUACCGUUCUCGAAGUGACGAGCUGGUCGCUGUCACUGUCGACACAAGGUCGGUCGAGUCGAUUCAGGGCUCGAUCCGCGAGAUCCUGGCCUCUUCAGUGCCUGCGAUGCAGGAAGCCUCCCCCGAUGAUGACUUGUUCGGUCUCGGGCUCGACUCCCUUGGAGCGUUCGCGGCUGUCAGGGCCAUUCGGGCAGCCAUGGGGCUGGGGGAUCAACUUGCUCCUCGACACCUCUAUGCCAAUCCCACCCUGGCCACAUUCGCUGCCGCUCUCGCACAAAUGGCGGCCUGGGCAAACCCCACAUCCGCAGCGGCGUCCAGCAGCGCCGUAGACGACAACUUGGCUCAGAUGAAGAGGACGAUUGUCCAAUAUCAGACGCGGCAGUCGUUCAGGUUGAACGCUCUCGACUACGUCAAUCCGAAUCACUACAUGGGAUUGGUCUUCUACUUUUCCCUCCGUAAACGGGUCAGCUUCGAACAAGUCUUUAUGAAUCUUCAAGAGGGUCUGAAUCGUACCUUGAACCUUAUCCCUGCCCUCGGCGGCAAGAUGAUGCGUUGCUCGGAACACGAAAUUGGCUACAAGAAGGGCGACCUCUGCGUCACGGUCCCUCCGUUUUCACACUCGGCCUCGGUGAGCAAUCGCCUGAUCUACAAGGAUCUGUCUCGUGUACUUCCGACCUUCGAGCAGUUACGAGACGCAGGCUUCAUGCCGUCCGCCUUCAAGGACGAGCUUGUCCUACCGGAUGACCCGUUCCCGACAAUGCCCGCCGACGUCCUGGUCGCCCAGGCCAACUUUGUCCAGGGCGGCUGCAUCCUCGCCGUCAACCUGAACCAUUGCUGCCUUGAUGGCCUUGGUGUAAUGGUGGCCCUCAAAGCCUGGGCUGAGAACUGCAGGUACCUGCAAGGCGAUGAGUCCGCCACUUGCGACUGGUACGACCCGGAGAGCUUCAACCACAGCUUGCCAGAGAUCCUCCACCGUCAGGAAGGGUACACCAGACCGGUUCAUGAGGCUGAUCCCGGGACCUGGGCAUUCUUGCCAUUCUUCCCUCCCGAGGAGCCCCCUGAGUGUCAACCCGGCGGGAUACGCGAAGGGGUCCUCCCUCGUCCCCCUCGUUUUCCUCUGCACUCGGUCUGGCCGUUACCUCGCGCCGAGAGAACAUUGAGCACGACCUCGUUUCUCAUUCCGCCCGAGAACGUGCACAAGCUGAAACAAGAGGUCAUUGGCGAUCCAGAGGCCAGGUGGGCGAUCACUUCCCUCAGUGACAUUGUGCAGGCCUUUUUCUGGCGCUCUGCCAUCAGAGCACGGUAUCGAGUGGCCACGGAGCUCCGGGGACAGACGUUUGGCCCCGACGAGGUGUCGAUUCUAGAGCUGCCGACCGAUGGCCGCCCGUACUUCUCUUCUUUGUUGCCAUCGACGUACAUGGGCAGCAUGCUCAUCCUGAAUCGAUCCAGCAUGCCCAUCCAGACACUCUGUUCACCCGAAACGAGCAUUGGACGCAUCGCAUAUCUGCUCCGCGGGUCUGCGGCGCGUAUCACACCCUCGCUUGUUCAUGAUGCGUUCACGCUUCUGCAGUCUUUGCCCGACCACAGCAGGUUCUCUACCGCCAACAUGGGUCUCUCGCACAUGCACGCCAUGAUUUCCAACAUGAUCUUGUUCCAGACCAGUGAAAUCUCGUUCGGAGAUCAAUUCUUUGCCCACGGAGGCUCUCCCGAGAGCAUGCGCCCGCAGCCCGAACGAGGCAACGGCCGUUUCCGGUUUUUGGUUAUCUUGCCUCUGAAGAAGGAUGUAGGCGUGGAACUGGUACUGGGCACAUUCCCCGAGGAGUUGGACAUGCUGAAAAGGGACCAAGAGUUCACUCAGUACGCGCAAUUGGUGGAUACUUGCUAG